AUGGGAAUGGACAAUGAAUCUGUGGUGACAGAGUUCAUUUUUGUGGGAAUGCCUGAUGCCCUGUGGGUGAAGAUCAUGCUCUUCAUUGUCCUUUUCAUCAUCUACUUGGGAACACUGAUUGGAAAUAUCUUCCUGAUUGUGCUCACUAGGGUGGACAUCAAACUCCAUACACCCAUGUACUUUUUCCUCAGUAACUUGUCCUUCUUAGAUGUCUGCUACACCACUAGCACCCUGCCUCAGCUGAUGGCUCACAGUCUCUCCAACAGGCCCUCCAUCUCCUUGUCCAGGUGCUUUGCCCAGAUGUACAUUUCACUCUUCCUGGGCAUGACUGAGUGCCUCUUGCUGUCCGUGAUGGCUUAUGACCGCUGGGUAGCUGUAUGCAACCCAUUGCGCUAUGCCCUUAUUAUGAACCACAAGGUCUGUAUUUACCUGGCAGCCAUGUCUUGGAGUGGGGCCUUUAUCCAAUGCUUGUUGCAUCCCAUCACUAUGAAGGUUCAAUUUUGUGGGCACAUCAUUAAGAAUUUUUCCUGUGAACUCUCUGUUGUGCUAAGCCUGGUUUGCUCAGACACCCGUGACCACCAGAUUGUGUUGUUAUCUACCAAUAUCCUCAGCCUACUUCUCCCCUUCACCUUCAUCCUUGUCACCUACACCCAUAUCAUUGUAGCUGUUCUCAGCAUUCGUUCUGCCAAAGGCAGAUCCAAGGCCUUCUCCACCUGCACAUCCCACCUCAUUGUGGUUACCAUCUUCUAUGGGACUUGCAUCUUCAUGUAUCUGCGGCCUAAGUCCCAGUCAUUCCCAGAUCAGGACAAGUACAUUUCCCUAUUUUAUGGAGCUAUAACUCCCAUGCUCAACCCAAUAGUCUACAGCCUGAGGAACAAAGAUGUAAAAGGUGCCCUGCGGAAGUUCACAGGAGGGAAAAUGAAUUCCUGA